CCUGCACACAGUUUUAGCAUUUAUUUAUAAGAAAUAUGAUGUGACAAUAAGACAACAGUUGCAUCUCAAGAGUAGCUGAAACUUCUGACAGCUUGAACACGAGCAUUAUGAAUAGCACAGGCUUAAGAAAUGUCGCAUGUCAGAAUUCUGAGGAAAAACACAGAAAAUCUUCUACAUUACAGGUUCGUUGACUGGACAUGCUAUGCAUAAUGCAAAGUAUGACAUAGAUGCUUAAAAUCCUAGAAGUAAUUUGGAUUUGUCAACAAGAGGAAAUUAGUCAGUUGAAUUAUCCCAGUAUAACUCAAAAUGUACAUGACACUAUGUAUUUCUAAAUUUCUUUGGUGUGGAAAGGGUUUAAAUUAAAUGAAGCUGUCCUUUUUUGGAAUGAGAUCGAUCAGACAAAUUUGUAACUUAUGUUGGUAAACUGUAUUGUGUAAACAUGCACAAUAGUAACAGAUAGAAAAUUGGUCUUCUAGACUAAAGGAUUAGCAAAAAAUUUAAGUGAGCAGGUUUAGCCUCUUUCCCUUUUAGAAUUAAAAGGAUAUUGUCUCAUUUUGCUCAGGAAAUUUUUAUAAUGUAGUGCAGAGCUGAGUUCACUGAGAAUAUAAAGUUAGUUCUUGCCAUUGAAAAAAAAAGUCAACUCAAAGCAAACUCCAAACCCCAAACAACUAUUUAAAGCCAAACAAAAGCAAAACUGGUAUAUAAAGCAUAGAAACAUUCUGCUUAUUUUAAUGGUUAACCUGUGUUCUGUGCUGUUCUGAAAGCCCUCUUUAAUUUUCAUAUGUGACAAUAUCCUAAAACCAAGUAGUGUUGAUACAAAUUAAAAAAAAAAAGUCUUUAUUAUUUUUUUGUACAGAGUUCUUGAGGAUUUGCAUUAGUAUACCUGAGAACAGAGCAGGAAUGGUAAUAACACUGUUUAAUUGCUGCUAAAUAUGAGGUUCUCCUCUAAGAGCACCUUUUGCCACGAGUUUGUAUGAGUGAGUCGUUGCCUGAGCUACUACUCCACUGAAUUGCUGGCAGUUCGAACUGACUGUAAAGCAAACCCUUUCCAUUAAAGUGCUCUUUAAAUACGUCACUAUAUGUAUUGUCAAUUGGGACUGCCCUAGCGCACGUAGUUAUUUGCAGGCUCAGAUGUUAUAAGACAGCAGAACAAAGGCGCACAAAUAAGCAUAUCUGAAGUGCCAUGAAGUGUGAGGUAAAUACUCUCUUUGCUGUACAACAGAUCAUUUCGUUGUUGUUCACUGUAGCUGUGGAACCGCGGGUGUUCCCUCACAGCACCCAGGGCUUUCACCGCCUGAGUUACCAGGCGCGGCUUCUGCGCGUCUCCUGAGACUCUCUUACUCCAGAUUAUUCCUCUUGAUCUGGAAAACGCACAGAAUUACUCAGGGUCGGCGUGACAGAUCGCUAUGCAGGCUGAACGAGCCGAACUCCCACUCUCCCACUUCCAGGUGGGAUGGACGGCGCCUCGCCUUCCCCGGCCCGGAACGUUUGGAGGCCGGAACCUUCGGGCCGCCUGGCGGGGAAAAGGCGUGGGGAAGGAAAAGGAGUACGCGCGGCGCUGCCAUUGCGCAGGUUCCAUUCCCGGCGCUGCCAUUCCCGGCCUGUCUCUUCUUGGCCAUGUACCGGCCAGGGUUCCGCGCGCCCACACCUCCCUACGCGGGCGGCGGCUUCCGGACCCCCCCCUCCGGUGGAGGGCCCCUGCCGCCCUCCCCGCGGGGCUACGGGAGCCCCCACCACACGCCGCCCUACGGGCCCCGGCCUGGCCCGUACGGCGGCGGCCUCUCGCCCCGCGGGCCCGGGUUCCAGGGGCGCUUCGGGAGCCCCUCGCCGGGGGCGCAGACACCGCGCAGGCCGCAGAGCGUCAGCCCCCGGUACCCGGCUCCCUACGGCGGCGCGGCCGGGGCGCCCCUGCACCUGCCGUCGCAGCACAAGCGCUCGCCCGGGGGCUUCCAGAGGCACUUCCAGGGAUCACCCAGGACAUCUACUCCAUUUGGUACAGCGCAUGGCAGAGAGAAAAGAGUGUCUAAUGAUGUGGAAAACUAUUACAGACCUUCAAUGCUUGAGGACCCAUGGGCUGGCCUAGAGCCAGUUUCUGUUACAGACAUAAACCAGCAAUACAGCAGUGAGCAAACAACAUGUACUGGUAAAAAAGGGAGGUAUUUCAGCUAACACUUUUAAAGGCCAAAUAACUCCAUCUUGUCAGGAAAACUUUGGGACAAAAUCUUAACACUUACACAAGAUGAACAGUAAUCAAGACCUUAGAUAAUGCUUUUAUUUGAACAUAUGUCCACCCUUUUAUCCUACUUUUUUUUUAUUGCAUUGGAUAUUUUUAUGUAUGGGACAGAAAAGGAGUGGUAGGAAACCUUACAUUUCUGGCUAUGUGGAAGUGCCUACCAGCUUUGAAGAACAAAGUGUUCUUUAAUCACCAGCGACUGAUAUGUGACUGUUAAAACAGGUUUCCUUAUACUUACCUCUUCCAUGCCAGAUUGUUAGCCUUUUAUUGUAAAGUACUUUAGGAAGUGGUAUUUUUUUAUGUUUCAACAUUUUUAGAAUGAAGUAACUAGGAAAUAAAGUUUUGUAAAUUCUUGUUUUGUAAUGUAUAAAGAAUAUUUUAGGACUCUUGUUAAGGUGUACACAUUAACACAAAUAGUACUAUUGAAAUUAGGUGACUUCUGUAAAUGUGCUUGUAUGCUGUAGUUAACCUGUGGUUUUGUGCAUAGUGAUUUUUGUUAAUUGCAGUGUAAUGUGAAGUUGAAACGUGACUUUUAGCCAUCUCAGGAAACAAAUGUAUUGCUUUUGGAAAGUUUAA